AUGAUUUUGUGCUUCAUAAGCAUUGAAGGAGAAAUUGUUUGGAGAAUAUCAUCCGCUGAUUCGAUUCCAAUCAAUUCAAUUCCUGCUGGUAAGGAUAAUAAUGAGACUUUGUAUGCAUGUAGAGCUUGGUUCGUGCGUGACCUUACGCCUGGAAAACUUUCCCCAGGACGAGGAUGCGUUAUAACUUAUAAAGGAAUAACGAGAAUCAUAAGUUCUGAUUACGAUGUUGCAACUGGAACAGGUGAAUGGGUGACCUACGAUCAUGAUUGGCAAGCAAAUAGUUUCAAAGCGUCGGGUAUUAAUGGCAGAAGAGAAAAUUUGUUUGUUUGCCGCAUUAUUUUAAACGGUAACCAAACACCUGGAAAGUUCAAUCCCAACAACGGCUCUUGUUGUAGCGCUGGGGAAAGUCAAGAAUAUUGUUAUGAAAAUUUUGAGGUUCUGAUUGAGUUACCAGUAAUGAUAGAUCAUCCUACUAUACCUAUUUCACCUACUCCACCUACUGCACCUUCUACUUCAACAACUCAAUUAGAAAUUAUAACAUGUCCAGAAGUUGUUACAUGUCCAACAGAAACCGUCACAUGUCCUACAGAAGAGAUCUGCACCUGCCCGACAGAAACAGUUUCUUGUCCAACUGAAGUAAGCUGCACUUGUCCUGAUGUGACUUGUCCUACAGAACCCAUUACAUGUCCUACAGAAGAGAUCUGCACCUGCCCGACAGAAACAGUUUCUUGUCCAACUGAAGAAACCUGCACUUGUCCUGAAGUAACUUGUCCAGAAGAAACCGUUCCGUGUCCUACAGAAGAGACCUGCACUUGUCCUACCGAAGAGAUGACUACGCCUAUGACUACAACUCCCCGUUUCUUCAAAAUAUUUUAA